UGGGUUGUUGUAGAAAAAUCCAUGGUUGGACUUUGUAUUGUUACGUUAUUUCCCCUCCGAUCGCAAUUUUCUCUCUCUUUCGACUUGUUUUGGCUCGAUAUGUACACUGGCUGUUGAGCUUAUUGAAUCUCAUUGGGUUCUUCUAUUGUCCAACAAGUUCUUGCGCGUAAAAUAAUUCUUAUCAAAAUGUUUGUAGAAUUUGAUUGAUAAGAAAGUUGAAUUAAAAUCCUCAAUUGGACAGACAAAUUGUAAAUCAGCGAGGUUUUUGUCUUGAGAGAUAAAAGCACCAAUAUAUACGGCACUACCGAUAAAUAUCGCGCAUACGGCCGAACCAUUGCCCCGCAAUCAACAGUUGCGUUUGCGCCGUUCUCUCUUGUUCCCAAUAUCUUUCGUGCAAUAAAAUUCAGUCUGUCAUUCCAACUCAGUGAAAGAAGCCCGUAAUUUUCUGUAUUUCUUGUUUUAAUUUUGUGAAUUAUUUUAAUCAAAUAUUUUUUCCUUAAUUCAAUUGUGCUCAGUAGUUACCUGAAAACUAUGGCCCUCCUAUCACAGCUUUCUCGCCAAUUAAAUCGUGUGGGAAGGAGGACCUUUGUACCCUCGGUCAGUGCAAGAUGGGCAUCCGGUGGAUUCUCCAUGGCUCUCACAGAUGAGCAGAGAGAGAUGCAGGAACUUGCUCGAAAGUUCUCACGAGAAGAAAUUAUGCCCAAAGCUGCCCAUCAUGAUAGAACUGGCGAAUUUCCCUGGGAAAUUGUCAAAAAAGCCCACUCCCUGGGUCUCAUGAAUCCCCACAUCCCUCAAGAGGUUGGUGGUCUGGAACUACCACUCUACGAUAGUUGUUUGGUAACCGAAGAAUUCUCCUACGGUUGCUCAGGCAUCGGCUUGGCACUGGAAGGAACGGGUUUGGGACAAAUGCCAGUGAUCACUUUUGGCAGCACAGAGCAGAAAAAGAAAUACUUGGGACGCCUUGUGGAGGAACCUCUUCUUGCAGCAUACUGCGUGACUGAGCCAUCUGCUGGAUCCGACGUCAAUGGUAUUAAAACGAAAGCUGAGAAAAAGGGCGAUGAGUACAUUAUCAAUGGUCAAAAGAUGUGGAUCACGAAUGGUGGAGUAGCAAAUUGGUAUUUUGUCCUUGCCAGAUCGGAUCCAAACCCUAAAACGCCUGCUGGCAAAGCCUUUACAGCUUUCAUUGUGGAUCGAGAUACUCCUGGAGUAACUCCUGGCCGCAAAGAACUCAACAUGGGUCAGAGAUGUUCUGACACUCGUGGAGUCACAUUUGAGGAUGUUCGAGUGCCAAAAGAGAACGUCCUGAUUGGCGAAGGAGCAGGAUUCAAAGUUGCAAUGGGCACUUUUGAUGCUACCCGACCAAUAGUAGCAGCAGGAGCAGUUGGAUUGGCCCAGAGAGCCCUCGAUGAGGCCACAAAGUAUUCCCUGGAAAGGAAGACUUUUGGUGUUCCUAUUGCCUUCCACCAGGCUGUGGCCUUUAUGCUUGCAGACAUGGCAAUUGGCGUGGAAACUGGACGACAAGCCUGGAUGAGAGCAGCGUAUGAAGUAGACAUUAAGAGUCCCAAAAAAUCCUUCUACGCAUCAAUUGCCAAGUGCUACGCAUCCGAUAUGGCCAAUCGCGUGGCAACAGAUGCUGUUCAGAUUUUCGGCGGGAAUGGCUUCAAUACUGAAUAUCCAGUGGAAAAACUUAUGAGGGAUGCCAAGAUCUAUCAGAUUUACGAAGGAACGUCACAAAUUCAGAGACUGGUCAUCUCCAGGGAGAUGCUCGAAGCCGCAAAGCGAAUGAAUAAGUAAUGCAAUUGUAUAAGUUUUUUUUAUAAUGUAUUAAAUAAUUUUGUGAGUGGGUUGAACGUCCUGUGAAA